GAUAACUCUUUAUAUUUGAAAGCCGAUAACCGAUAUAUUGGCCGAUAAAUCUAAAUACAAAUUUUUAUAUCAUUUUUGAAAGUCUCACCAGUAAAAGUCAUGUCCCAAACACACAAUUAUAAUGUUCUCACUGUAAUUUUACGAACCGAUAUGAACAUUUUGGCCGAUACCAAUAACCGGUAAUUCUCAAUAUUUGAGUGCCGAUAACCGAUAUAUUGGCCGUUAAAUCUAAAUUCAAAUUUUUAUAUAAUUUGUGAAAGUCUCACCAGUAAAAGUCAUGUCCCAAACACACAAUUAUAAUGUUCUCACUGUAAUUUUUUUUGUGAACCGAUAUGAACAUUUUGGCCGAUGACCGAUAACUCUUUAUAUUUGAAUGCCGAUGACCGAUAUAUUGGCCGAUAAAUCUAAAUACAAAUUUUUCUAUCAUUUUUGAAAGUCUCACCAGUAAAAGUCAUGUCCCAAACACACAGUUAUAAUGUUCUCACUGUAAUUUUACGAACCGAUAUGAACAUUUUGGCCGAUACCGAUAACCGGUAAUUCUUUAUAUUUGAGUGUCGAUAACCGAUAUAUUGGCCGUUAAAUCUAAAUACAAAUUUUUCAUAUAAUUUGUGAAAGUCUCACCAGUAAAAGUCAUGUCCCAAACACACAAUUAUAAUGUUCUCACUGUAAUUUUAUUAAGCCGAUAUGACACGUUGCACUUAAUUGUAUUUUCCUUUUAAAAGUGAUUCUAAUCAUAUUUCAAUCAAUUCGAAAUCAUUGUUGAACAGUGCGCAUCUGAAGUGUCUCAGCUGCAGGAAAUAAUACAUUACUGGUCGUUUUUUAAUAUAUCGGCCAAAUUUUCUUAUCGGCCCAAUAAUGAUAACAUUAAAAAUGGACAUAUAUCGGCUGAUACCGACAUGGUGGCUGAUAUAUCGCUAUUGUUAAAAAUGGACCUAUUUCCUUUUUUUUUUUUUUUCAGUGAAUCACAAAGGAGAAAGUCAUAGGGGAACAUCUCGAAGUGAUUGUUCACGCUCAGACGUCUUCCUCUGGCUCGCUUUGAUUAAUGUGUGAAAAAACUGUCAUUUAAUGUCUGAGUUUUACAACUGCAACUCUAACAGUCAGAUUUCAGGUUUCACAAGCAGCAUUUUAUUAAUCCAGAAAGAUCUUCUACUGUUAAAUCUAAACUCGAGCAAUACGUGAUUUUGUAGAUGCUGAUCAUUUAAUAAUUAUCAUGAUUGGGCCUUUCCCAUUGAAUGAAGCUGAAGAAUAUUUACUGUAGCAUUUUUUCUGAUGAGAAUCAUCACGCGUCUUGUUUCACUUUAGCGGCAUGUAGUUUAGCAAUAUUACUGGUUGUGAUGGGUUUUGCUUGGCAAUAUUCCUUCUUAUUACUGUAUACCAGCUUGGCUCUUUGAUUGUUUUAUGAUCAAAUGAAGUGAAAAUCUUGAGAGCCAGAGAACAAGUUGACAUUUGGACACAAACUUUGGAUGCACUUGAUGAUACUUUUGUAAGUUUUGUUAUUGGACGCUUUCUUUACUGGGUUGAUUGACUUUUUUAUUUUGGCCAAAACGGAGGAGGAUUUGUUACUUGAAGGCCUUAUUUCCGGGCAUGAUGCAUUACAUAGCACAAAACAUAUAUUUAUAUUGACAAAAAUACUUUGUGCAUCAGUCCUUUUAACCAGUUAUCUCCCAAAAUUAUCUUGAUUUAAUGAUGCAGUGGUUAUUGGUGAAUCUCACGAAUUAUGUGCAGGUCACAAAAUAGAUAAAUAAGAAAUUAUAUUUUGCUUAACGAAAAUUAAGAUUGUAAUACUGUAUGAUGAUGGUAAGUGCUUUUGAUAAUCAUGAGAAUUAGAAGAAACUCUAAAAAGUAAAUGUCUAGAAAUGUUUUUGUUUUUUUUUAGAUUUGCCCAUAAUCUCAAAUGCAUUCUUUUUAUUUUGGACUUUUUUUAAUUUAUAAAAGUUUUAUGAUGCAGUGACAUUCAUGUUGACCUCAGUUUGGAUAACAUAUUGUUUUGCAUGCGUUACUCCUCAGAGGAUGUUGUCUUGCAUUGACCUGGGAAACAUUUUGGCAUCGUGAAUGUAAACUUCAUGCAACUAGUGCUGAUCUGACUUCAAUUGAUUUGUGCAGUAAUAAUGUGUCUAUAAAGACAAAAUAAUGUAGAAACAAUUUUUGUAUAAAUGGCCAGAGUUGACUGUUGACCCCUGGUGCCUUAAAUGUGUUUUAAUAGAUACGUAGAUCUUGAGCUGAUGGCAUUGUGCAGUGAAUCAUUUACCCAAUUAUCAAUAUGAGAUGAGAAUAUUUGAAUGGAACUUAUUUUAUAACGGGACAAUGAAUGUAUGUAGCCAACAAUUAACAAUAUGAAGUGUAUAGAUUUGUGGCAUCCUCAAAACCGAGCUGGCACAGCACAUACAUUUUAUUGAAUGUAAUUUAAAGUUCUCUUGUGUGUUAUGAAAAAAGAGAAUAGAAAAUUGUUAAAUAGAAAAACCUUGGAAAAGCCAUUAUUCAAAUGUGUUAUUUGAACUGUGUUUAAUAAAACUGAUUUUACAAAGAAUUUUCCCCAAUGCAGACAAUUUUACUGAGUUUUGAAUUAUGUUUUUAUCUAAAACAUGUGAUAAUGUUAACAUGUCUCACAGUAGCAAAUUAUUAUGCACAGAGUAUGACCCAACAUAAAAUGAGUUGUGACAGAAAUGGAAAUAUUCUGUCUACUUUAUUUCAUGUAUGAUUAGGUAUGAUAAAGAUUGAUUUUGAGGGGAAACGCCGAGAAACAAAGAUGCCUCAACAUUGGUCGUGAUUGUGAAACUGCUGAGAUUUAAAUUCCCGAAGAAAUAGCAUACCAUUGUGUUGAUUUGUGUUUUAUGUGUUAUCCAAUAUUAUAGGGUUUUACAAUGGUAAUUUUUUAAUGUCAUGUUUUGUCUUUUAAUGUCAUGUUUUUUCUGUUAGUUUAGCAAAAUCCUCUGCUCAAGUCUUUUCCAAAUAUUCAUACAUGUGUCGGUCUCUGCAACUCGCUUGCUCUCGAUUGUUCACAGAAAGGCUUUGACCGUUCCAAUAUGGCGGACGGCGAAAGCGACUGGUGGAAACCGAAAUGACAGACCGCAUCGACCGCCCCUUGGCAACCUUAGCCACGUCGUAGCAACCAGUGUUUACGUGUCGCUCAGGAUAGUCAGUUAGACAUGCCGCUGAUAGUGAGAGACCACACAUGGACACAAAACCAGAACACAGUUUACAUCAGCGUCCCUUUAAAAGGAGUGAAGACCACUAACGUCCAUGUCAUCUGCACGGAUGAGUAUCUGAAGGUGAGCUUCCCCCCGUUUCUGCUCGAAGUUUUCUUAUUUGAGUCAAUAAAUGAGGAGAAAAGUGAAGCCAGGAUUGGAAACGGCGUUGCUGUUUUCACACUGCAGAAGAGGAGAGAUGCAUUCUGGGAGCAGCUCUUUACAAACAUUGAUAAAGAGAAACAGAAGGAGAUUAGAGAACGAGCAAUUCUCAAAGUUCAGGAGAAAGAAGCAGAAAAGUCUAAAGCCAAAGCCUCCAGGAUUCAGCAGGAGAAGAAAUAUGCGCUGGAAACCAUGAUGAAGCUUGAGGACGAGGAGCGGGACAGGAUCCAGAAGAUGAAGGAUGAAGAGUGUGCGAGAGCCACGGCCGAACUGGAUUUCUGGAGAGAAACACAGAGAAAAAACGCAGAAGAAAAGGAGAACCGGCAAAGGCUGCAAGGAUCCGGCAAGCACGACAACAAACCGGUUUAUCAGAAAACAGAGCGUGCAAACGUUCCACCUGCGAUCACACCACUGCACAAUCACAGCAACACUACAUCUGGGCAGAGAAGCAUCAAACCGAAGCCAAAAGAUCUGCCUGUUCCCAGAUCAGCUGGCUGUAUUAAGAUCAGCUUCACUCCACGAGUGUUUCCCACCGCGCUCAGAGAGUCUCGCGUCCCGGAGGAGGAAGAGUGGUUGAAGAAGCAGGCGGAGGCCAGGAGAGCAGUGGACACGGAUCUGGCUGAGCUGGAAGACCUGAACGAGGAAGAGAGAAACCCAGACUGGCUGAAGGAGAAGGGCGAUAAAUUGUUCAUGGCAGGAAACUUCCAGGCCGCUGUCAACGCCUAUAAUCUCGGCAUAAAACUCAACCGGAAGAUCCCGGCUUUAUUUUCUAAUCGAGCGGCCUGUCAUCUCAAACUGAGAAAUCUGCACAAAGCCAUUGAGGACAGCUCUCAGGCGCUUGAGCUGCUGACGCCUGCGGUCGCUGCGAACGCUGCUGCUCGACUGAAGGCUCACGUGAGGCGAGGAACAGCGUUCUGUGAACUUCAGCUCUACGUGGAAGGUCUUCUGGAUUAUCAAGCGGCUCUAGAAAUCGACCCACGAAAUGAAGCCCUGCGAACCGAUACAGACAAGAUUCGGGAGAUCAUACAGGGCAGCACGUCUCCAUCCAGCUCCUGAACAUCCACGAUUAUCGGUGCAGUUCUAAUCAAUGCACAUCUACAUAAACAUGUUCUGUUUUUAAUAUGAAACCACACAGAAAGACUGGUUAGCCCAAAGAAAUGGUUUUAUUCACACUCAUAAUUUUGACAAUCUUCCCAAUAACUGUUUAUUGCAACAAAUAUGCACAAUACUGGACAUAAUUUGCUGUAUAUAACAACAAAACAAGACCUUAAUCUCGAGUUAAUAGUCUAUGGAUGCAAAUGAAAAGUAUAUGAGUAACUGAUGGAUACAUAAUAUGAAGAAAAAUAAAAGGAAAAGAAGACAUUUUUCUUAUACAAAAAAUGAUACCAUCUCGUAUAUUCAAUGUUUUUCAAUUAGAAGACGCAACAGAAUAACCAUACGCACUAUUAUAGUGAUGCAAACUUUAACAAAGUAGCUUUAUAGUAAAAAUAGGAAAUUAAAGUACGGUAACAUUGUUUAGGCUUUACAGCAGCUCUAGAAUAAAGUUAUUGUCCUGCAAAAAGCAAAGUUUUGAUUGAUUCACUUUGUUGCAAAGAUCAUUUGUUAUUAACUUAGUAUGUUAACACAC